AUGGUGGAGUCAGACGGCAGUCUGAUGGGCUGGGAUGAUGGCCUGGGAGGCGCCUGCCCUCUUAUUACCCCACGCUUCCUCCACACCCCUUUAUUUACACCUCCAGGCCCCCCUCGGGUCCAGGCUGCAGCUGGGAACACCUCAGUCAGAACAACAACAAUGUCUGUCUUUCUGCUCGGCCUGGUGGUGCUGUUUCCUGGAUCUCACGCCUCGGACGCAGCGGCCCGUGUCCAGCUCGUGUCGCCUUCUCUGGGCAUCAGCUCGUCGGUCCGCUCGGUGUGCAAACCCAUUCCGAGCACCCUGUCCCUGUGCCACGGGAUCGGCUACAGGCGCAUGUGGAUCCCCAACUUGCUCGGCCACGACACGCUGAGAGAGGCCCAGCAGCAGUCGGUGGCCUGGCUGCCCCUCGUCUCCAAGCUGUGUCACCGGGACACCAAGAAGUUCUUGUGCUCCCUCUUCGCCCCGGUGUGCCUGCCGGAGCUGGACGGGCCCCUGAGCCCCUGCGGGAGCCUGUGCGAGGCCGUGCGGGACGGCUGCGUGCCGGUGAUGAGCGCCUUCGGCUUCCCCUGGCCGGAGAUGUUCAACUGUACGCGGUUCCCGCGGGGCACUCAGCUCUGCAUCCCGGCCUCCGGGGAGCGGCGGGGCUGGACGGAGGACGAGGUCAGGCACGAGGAAUCCCUGAAAGGGAGUAUUAUGUGUGAGGCCUGCAGUCUAGCUGCUGAAGGAGAAACUGACAUCCAGGACAACUUCUGCCAAAGUCCAUAUGCCUUAAAGAUGCGUGUGGGCAGCCUGUCAACUGUCGGGGCUGACCGCCAGCUGGUGCCGCUGGCCCGCAGCCGCAUCCUGAGGUGGGCGGGAGGAGGCCCGGAGCGGGCAGAGGCGAUUUCAGGCGCCAUGUCCCACGGCGCUUUGUGGCUAAAAGACGGUGGCAGCUGCACCUGCCCCAGCUUGGACUCAGCUGAGACAAAUGAAGACGCAGAGCCCGGUGAGCAGCGGAUGGACAGGAGACAGGCAAGAGAAGGAGGAAAAGUAGGGAAGUCAGCCUACGGCGGAUGGUACCUGGCCCUGGCUCAGGCUGAAGAGGGAAGACUGGUGCUGACUCGACUGGUAAGAUGGACCAGAGGAGACAAAGAGCUGAGGAAGUUCAUCAGAGCUCUUCUUAAACAAUCCUGUACCGACCUUUAACCUCACAAGUCGUCAGCAGUUGCAGUCUUUCUCUGUGGAUGCUGCUGUAUGCAGCCACGCUCCCCUCAUAGCUGCACUUCCGGGUAAAACACAACGAGUCUGUAAUUCAGAGGGCAGGAACAUUCUCAUGAAUGGGCUAAUGUGUCCUGUGCAAACCGCGAUGACAUCGCCAGCAUGUAGCUGAAAACUGAUGCUAAAUGAUACAAAGAAUGACAAAGAAAAAAAGUCCUCCUUUCAGCCACCAUGCGAGUGCCUGCUGCUAAACUGUUUUCACGAAGAUGCUCUUAAAGGAAUGCUUAUUGAUUAAUGAGAGAAAAAAUGUUUAUUGGGUGUUUAUGUAACUCUGUUUCCAGUGGCAUCAUUUUUGUUGUUUGAUGAGUUAACUCGUAUUUUGCAUGACCAGGACAACAAAAGCUUUGAGAAUACGAUAGAGGAGGGGCAGUGAAUUUGAAUUGGUUUUUUUUUAUAUUGUUUUAUGUCACACUCUGUCAUGUCUGACACAGUUUUCCAAUGUUUUCUGUCUGCAUUUGAAUAAACUCAUAUUUCAUUUGAGUUACAUUUUUACAAAGACUCA